AUGGGCUCAAACGUAGCGGAAGGGCCCUUUAAGGACCCGGUCAAAGAGGCCGACACCACGCAGUCGCAGGUCGCGACAGACACCUCGACCUCUUCGUUGCGAGAACAGGUCGCCCAGCAGCACGGCUCGACGGAUGAGCACGUCUUCUCGGACCCUGUCACUGCCGACUACUGGCGCAAGGUGUACGAGAAGGCCCAAUACGAGAACCGCCAUCGCUUCGACCCGAGCUACCAAUGGUCUGCCGAAGAUGAGAGGAAGUUGGUCAAAAAGAUCGACAAAAGAAUCAUGGUGUGGGCUUGGGUCAUGUUCUGCGCUCUCGACCUCCACCGAAGAAACAUUAACCGUGCGAUUUCGGACAAUAUGCUUCCCGAACUUGGAAUGACAACCAAUGACUUCAACUAUGGACAAACAAUUUUCCUGUUGUCGUUCCUCGCCGCCGAGUUGCCCAGCGGCCUCAUCAGCAAGAAAGUCGGAGCUGACCGGUGGAUCCCGUCCAUCAUGGUCGGCUGGUCCAUCACGGCCGGUUCCCAGGCUUUCCUGUCGAACCGCGCGGGGUUCUACGCCAUCAAAGCCCUGCUGGGCUUGUUGAUGGGCGGUUUUAUUCCCGACGUCGUCCUCUGGCUCACGUACUUUUACAAGUCUAACGAGCUGCCGCUCAGGCUUGCGUGGUUCUGGACCGCACUAAGCACCGUUAACAUUGUGGGAUCUCUGGUCGCUGCCGGUGUCCUUCAAAUGCGAGGUGUGGCGGGAUGGGCUGGCUGGAGAUGGCUCUUCCUCAUUGAGGGAAUCGUGACUCUCUUCAUCGGCAUCUUUUCCUGGGGCCUGAUGCCUCCCGGUCCCACCCAGACCAAGAACUGGUUCCGGGGCAAGAAUGGGUGGUUUACUGACCACGAGGAGUCCAUCAUGGUGAACCGCUUGCUGCGGGACGACCCGAGCAAAGGUGACAUGCACAACCGAGAAGGCGUCGGUCUGUCCCUUCUCUUCAAAGCAGUCAGGGACUGGGAGCAAUGGCCUCUGUACCUCAUCGGCUUGACGGCGUAUAUCCCGCCCUCGCCGCCCAGCACGUACUUGUCUUUCAUCCUGCGACAGCUGGGAUUCUCCACGUUCCAAGCAAACCUCCUCGCCAUCCCCUCGCAGUUCCUGUUCGCGGUCAACCUCUUGAUCAUCUCCUGGGUGUCCGGGCGGGCCAAGGAGCGGGCCAUCGUCUCGUCCAUCUCGAACUGGUGGAUCUUCCCGUGGCUCGUGGCGCUCGUGGCGCUGCCGGCGUCUACCAGCACCUGGAUCCGGUAUGCCCUGCUGACGGGCCUUCUGAGCUACCCGUACUGCCACGCCAUCCUCGUCGGCUGGAACGCCAAGAACAGCAACGCCGUGCGGACGAGGGCCGUCAGCGCCGCGCUGUACAACAUGUUCGUGCAGGCGGGCAACAUCGCGGCGUCCAACAUCUACCGCGACGACGACAAGCCGCUGUACCGCCGCGGGAACAAGAUCCUCCUCGGCGUCUGCUGCUUCAACAUUGUGCUCUUCUACUUCGUCAAGGCCUUUUACAUCUGGCGCAACAAGGUCCGCGACAGGCGGUGGAACGUCAUGACCAAGGAGCAGCAGGAGGACUAUACUCUCAACACCACCGACGAGGGACAGCAGAGACUCGACUUCCGCUUCGCUCACUGA